ACGUGUUGGACACAGAUUCGAUACGGUGCUUAUUGCAGCCAUGUUGAGGGAAAAUGGCAUACUUUGUCUAUUAGUCGGCCUAUAUCUUUGCGUUUCGGCCGAGUCAGAUGGCGACAUCAUACAGGAGUUGAACGAGAUAAAAACUGAAAUGGUAAAACUGAAGAGAAGUAACGAAAUGAUGGCCGAGGAAAUCCAAAAUCUCAAAGGCAUUGUUGGACAAAAACCUCACACCGGCGCAUCACGUGAUAGACGGCAGCUUCAGGACUUGGCCGGAGUGGCUUUCACUGCCGAGUUGAGCAGUGAUCUACAUACGAUCACCCGAGGUAGACCUAUCGUGUAUGACCAUAUCCUUCUCAACCAUGGAAAUGGCUACAACCGUGGGGAUGGCAUCUUCGUCGUACCUCUAAGUGGAGUGUACUGUUUCUAUUGGAACCUGAUGACUGAUGACUCUGAUGCCUUUGACUCGAACCUCUGGUCAACGAGAGGUCGACUUGGUGACGGCUAUUCUGACCAAGAUAGUACAG